AUGGAAUCAAGGCCUUCAGGCAACUAUUGCACGUUUUCAAUGUUCCUUCUAUGCAACCUAGCUUUGCUUGGUGUAGGCAUUGCAGUGGCAACUUUAGCAAUUUAUAUAUGUGCUGAUCAAGAUGAUUUUUCAUGGUAUGAUGGUUUAUUUGCAUUACUUGGAUUUGUCAUCGUGUUAACUGCAAUUGCAAGCAUAAAGUGUUCUUUUAUUUAAAAAAAUUUUUUAAAAUUAUUGCAGUUUAUAGACAAAUUUUAUACUUAAAGCCAUUUAUUUUAUAAGAAAAAAUUAUAAAAGUCUUUAUUUCUGACUCCCCCCCCUUUAGAUUGGAACUAAAAAUUUUGUUCCAAUUUAAAGGGGGGUUAAGAAAAUGUUUUUAAAAAAAAAAUCAUUUAAUUAGAUUAAUAAAUUUGUUUAAUAAAAUGCUAUUCACUCUUUAUCCUUUAAAACAAAGCAAGAUAUAACCAAAAUUUUAUUAUUAAUUAAUACGCCACUAUUAAUUGGUAUCAAAACUAUUUAUACAAAAUUUUAUUAUUUUUAUUGAUAAAAAAAACAUUUAAAAAAAAAAAUUUUAGAAAUUUAUUAAUCAAAGUGCUAAUUUUGUUUAAAUAAAAUGCUAUUUAUACUCUAUUCUUUAAAAUAAAGCAAGAGAUAAGUAAAUUUUGAAUUUUUGUAAAGAAUUCGUAUUGAAUUUAUAUCAAAGCUAUUUAUAUAAAAAAUAUCAUUUUUUUCAAAAAAAAAAAAAUUUUUUUUGAAAAUUUUUUAAAAACAAAAAAAAUUAAAUUUUUUUAAAAAAUUUACAAUUAAUGAUAAUAAAUUUAUUUAAAUAAGAUGCUCUUUAUACUCUAUUCUUUAAACAAGAGCAGGAUAUAACUAAAUUUUUAUUUUAGUUAAGAAGAAACAUUUAAAUUAUAUCAAAACUUUUUACAUAAAAAUUAUGAUUUAUAUAUAUAAAAUUUUUUAUUAUAAAAUCUAAUUUUGUUUCAAUUUAAAGGGGGGUUAAUUUUCCCAAAAAAGUGGAAAUUUUACCUAUAUUUUGUUCCAAUUUAAAGGGGGGGGGAGUGAGAAAAUUGUAUCAGCAUAAAGACAAAAGACUCACUUAAAUGGCUAUUUGUUUAUAUGCUGUUUUUAUUAAUACUAACGGCAAUUGUCGGUGGGCUAACACUUGGACUGAUUUUUUGGCACGACUUUGAGAUCAAAAUAGGCUAUGAAAAUGCAUGGGGUGUUAGAGGAAGCUACAUUGGAUCUUGUGCUGCUAUGCUAUUUUGCGUAGUUGUAGGAUUUUUCUAUAGAAAAAGCUUGAUUAAUGCAGUUGAGAGGAAAAGCGAAGAGGUUAACUUCACAGACAUUAAGGGACCUUUGGUCUCUCCUCGAGCUGGGAAGCCAGAAACCAUAUCAAAAGGAUUCCAGCAGCAGAAGCCUUCGAAGAAAAGCGGAAAACCAGAAUCUUUAUUUGAAAUGAAGUAG